AAUUUUACUUAUAUAUAAGUGAAUGAAUUAAAUAUAUUUGGCUUUUGGUGAUUCAUUAAUGCUCCCUAAUUAAUUAGUUGAGCAUCUAAUUUAGGAAAGAACUCCUACUGUAAAUAUUUGAAAGUGGUUAUUAUUUCAAAAUGAGGAGUAUUUUAUUUACCGUAUUUUUCAUCUAUUUGGCCAAAGAGACAUCUGCACUUUGGUGUUAUGAAUGUGUUUCUAAUACUCCAGGAUGUGGAGAAGACUUCAAUUGGUUAUGGCAUUGGACAACAGUAUGUCCGGAAGACGAUGAUGUUUGUGUGAAAAUUUUAGAGAAAAAGGAUAGUGAGACUGUGAUAACUAGAAGCUGUUUGAGUAACCUAAUAGGAAAACGUACUGAUAUACCUGCUGAUAGGUAUGAAGGAUGCAGAAAGGCUUCAGUCAAUGCAAAUCUUGCAAGAUAUGUGAAUAAUAGCAUUAAAGAGUUGGAUAUUAAAAGAGACUAUUAUGAUUCUACUACAUGGUGUUUUUGUUUUUUAGAUCAGAGAUGUAAUGGUUCUUCAUUUAUUUUACCUUCUCUUGGGCUAAUUUUGUCAAGUAUUUUGUUUAUUAAUUUAUGAAUACUUUGAUUAUAAGGUAAAACA